AUGAUGGGCUCCGUGCUCCCGGCUGAGGCCCUGGUGCUCAAGACAGGGCUGAAGGCGCCGGGGCUGGCGCUGGCAGAGGUCAUCACCUCCGACAUCCUGCACAGCUUCCUGUACGGCCGCUGGCGCAACGUGCUGGGCGAGCAGCUCUUCGAAGACAAGAGCCACCACGCCAGCCCCAAGACAGCCUUCACCGCCGAGGUCCUGGCGCAGUCCUUCUCGGGCGAGGUUCAGAAGCUGUCCAGCCUGGUGCUGCCGGCCGAGGUGAUCAUCGCGCAGAGCUCCAUCCCCGGCGAGGGCCUCGGCAUCUUCUCCAAGACGUGGAUCAAGGCGGGCACAGAGAUGGGCCCCUUCACCGGCCGCGUCAUCGCCCCGGAGCACGUGGACAUCUGCAAGAACAACAACCUCAUGUGGGAGGUGUUCAACGAGGAUGGCACGGUGCGCUACUUCAUUGACGCCAGCCAGGAGGACCACAGAAGCUGGAUGACCUACAUCAAGUGCGCACGUAACGAACAAGAGCAGAACCUGGAGGUGGUCCAGAUCGGCACCAGCAUCUUCUACAAAGCCGCUGAGAUGAUCCCUCCAGACCAGGAGCUGCUGGUGUGGUAUGGAAACUCACACAACACCUUCCUGGGGAUCCCUGGUGUGCCCGGGCUGGGGGAGGAGCAGAAAAAGAACAAGCAUGAGGACUUCCACCCGGCGGACCCGGCGGCUGGCACCUCGGGCCGCAUGCGCUGCGUCAUCUGCCACCGCGGCUUCAACUCGCGCAGCAACCUGCGCUCGCACAUGCGCAUCCACACGCUGGACAAGCCCUUCGUGUGCCGCUUCUGCAACCGCCGCUUCAGCCAGUCGUCCACGUUGCGCAACCACGUGCGCCUGCACACGGGCGAACGCCCCUACAAGUGCCAGGUGUGCCAGAGCGCCUACUCGCAGCUGGCCGGCCUGCGCGCCCACCAGAAGAGCGCGCGCCACCGGCCGCCCAGCGCCGCGCUGCAGGCCCACUCGCCCGCGCUGCCCGCGCCGCACGCGCACGCGCCCGCGCUCGCCGCCGCCGCCGCCGCCGCGCACCACCUGCCGGCCAUGGUGCUGUGAGCGCCGCGGCGCGCCCGCUCCCGCCCGCGCGCGCCUCCGCCGGCCAGCCCGCCGGGGCGCGCGGCGGGGCUGCUCUCCCUCGCGACUCGCACUCCCUGCGGCACGCGGCCGCCGGACCCGGCGCUGUAGGUGCGCCCCAGAAAUGACGCCCAGGCAUACACUCUUCGCCCCGUUUCGCAGAUGAGGACACUGAGAGGCGACGUCCUUUUCGCGGGCCGCGCAGCUGGUGCAGCUGCUCGGCCGCCUCCUCUUCAGGGGAUCCCCAUGCUCGGCCUCACCCCUGAGUCUCCCUUCUCUUGUGGAGUCGGCUGUCCAGGCUGAUAGCCCCCUGGUGGGUGCCAGGAGAGGGGACCGAAAGUCUCCGAGGGCCCUCAGCGGGGAAAGGGGGCCCUCACCACCCCCACAGAGAGCUGCGUGUUGGGAUGGAGCUCCCUGUCCCAGUGUGGGCAGCGGGCCCGGGCACUACGCGCAUCUGUCUCUUCCUCCCCCCUCUGAGACUGGUAUCUUGCAAUGUCAGAACUCAAGGACGCGACCUUGAAAUCUGGGGACUGAAGGGGUUCAGGGGCAGCCAGAAGAGGCCGGAGAGACCUGCCCUUCCCUGCCAAGCGGGCCCUUCUCUCCUUCGGGCCACCUUCCCCCGAAAGUCGGCUCCUUGGGGAUGGACGAGGCACAAAUGUGCCAGGUAGGCUGAGAAUGAAGGCAAAACGGAAAUCCACUAUGGGGACCCCGGGAAAGGCCUAGCCCUUCUUUGGGCCUCCGUUUACCAUUUCCCCGUCUGUAAAAUGAGAGAGUUGGACCAAUGCCUCCUCCCCUUCAGCUCUGACAUCAAGCUUGGAAAGAGGAAGUUUCCUGCCCCUGCUCGCCACUCUCCGACCCGAGGAGGCCAAGACUGGCUUCUCAGCCCGGAAAGCAUCUCCGAGCUGUGCGGGAUCCCGGGAGGUUCUGCCCUUGUUCUGUCCCAAGUUUCCCCAAGCUCCGGCCGUGGGCGCCCUCUGGUGUCGCCUUUCCCACCUUGCAGUCAUUUACUAGAAUUCCUGUAGGGCAUUUUGUAAAAUAAACUAUUAUAAUAUUAAUGAAAAGUACAAAAUGUAUAGAAUUUUCAAAAACUUGUGUUCUACUUCCAGAAAAUGGUCACUUUAACUUUGUAAAUAUUUAUCUAAAAUGAUAUUUACGAAACUGUGAUAUAUAUUAUUUGAUUGUAUAUGUACAACUGUAAAUACAUUUGUACCUCUCUUGUAUUCUAAAA